AAUGCCGGUUGUCACUGUGUAAAAAUGCAUUUUUUCUAAACUAAAGAAUUAAAAAAUCUUUUGUAUAUUACCUUGAAAAUUAUAAUUUUUCUAAUCUGCGAUUAUUUUUGUACUUUAAACAUAUUUAUUUUUUAAUUGUCAUCGUUGAUGUAAUUGAUUACUUGACAAUGAAACAUUGAUAACCUUCAAAUACCCUACAUAAGUAUCAUAAUUAUUCAUCAAUAUUUAUUCAAGUUUAAUCAGUGGUAAAAUGUAUUGAGUUAUCUUUAUUAAUCUUAAAUAAAUCACUUCAUUGACAUCUGAUGUUGAUUGUAUAAAUACUAUUAUGGAGAAAUAUUUACAAAUAAUUCAGGUUAAAAAAAAGAUCACUCUAUGAUAAAGUUGAUAAAGUUAUGUGUAAAAUUAAAGCAAUUUACUAAAUUUAUAAGUAAUCAAUAUAAUAGCAAAGCCAUGUCGGGGAUGAAAAAUGGAAGAUUUAAUGGAUUAACGGAAGAAGAAGUAAAGAAAAAAGAUCCUUUGCCUGAUUACCUUGAACCAGACUUAGACAUUGUUUUUCUUGGAAUAAACCCAAGUUUAAUGGCUGCCUUCAAAGGAAGAUAUUAUGCUGGUCCUGGGAAUCAUUUUUAUAAACUCUUACAUGCUUCUGGAUUGGUGCCACAAUUUGUCAGCUUUGAAAAAGAUUGCGAACUUCUUAAAUAUAAAAUUGGUCUGACUAAUAUAGUUGAUAGAGCUACUAGAUCUUCUGCUGACUUGACUGCUACGGAAAUCAAAGAGGGAUGCAAUAAAGUAGUUGAAAAGUUAAAAUUUUAUAAACCUAAAAUUGCUGUUUUCAAUGGAAAAUGUAUUUAUCAAGUUUAUGCUCGACAGCUUGGGAAGACAAAGUUUGAUUUUGGUCUUCAAUCAGAGAAAAUUAGUGAAACCGCAGUUUGGGUUGUUCCUUCCAGUAGUGCAAGAUGUUCCAACUUUCCUCGAAUGACUGACAAAUUACAUUUUUACCAAGCUAUAAAUAAACAUUUACAGUAUUUAAAAGGAAUUGAGAAAGAUGUUGAUGUUAAGCAAUUUUACUCGAUGAAUCAGGGACUAACUAGACCCAAGAAAGAUAAAUCUAAAAAAAGUGUUCAAAAAGAAUGUUCUCAAUUCGUAAUUACAGAAAUUCUUGAUGGAUCACAAAAAUUUAAAGAAACAAAUGAUGAAGAAAAGGGAAAAAUUUACAUAGAGGACAAUGAAGAUCUUGAAGAAAAUGAAGAAUAUUCAUGUGAUAGUGAAAGUUCGAUAUCGGUAUCUGAUAAUGAUGAUAAACCAUCACUAAAUUUAAAGCCUCAAGAAUCUAAGCUUGAUAGUUCUCAUCAAAAUCUAAUUAAACUAAAAAGUGUUACGUGUGGUUUUAAUGAUUCUAAAAAUGAUGAAGAUGAAAAAAAAAUAGAAACUAAUCUCAAAAGAAAUUGGAAAGACACUCAGACAAUUAGUAGUUCACGAAGAGUGACAGUUCAUGAUGAAAGGGAUGAAGUAAACUCUAUAGGUGUAAUUAAGCAAAGACUUGUAGAAAAAAAUGAAGAAAAUGUUGAAGUUACUAAAAAUACAAAAAAGUUGAACUUUUCUAAUUUACGAAGGAAGAAAAGUUAAUCCCUGAAUUGAAACUAACGUACUUUUAUUGUAUACUAUUUUUACAUAAUUUAAUA